AUGUACCGCCCCAAUUCUCUGUGGACGUGGUCCUUCUGCAUUGUCACCCUUGUCCAAACGAUCAUUACCCUCGCCCUGGAGUGUUAUAUUUUCGUCAAUUUCCAGGUUCAGUUGCUCCCAUCGGCUGUCACGACGACUGCCUCAAAACCUAUUCCAACCUUCCUGGCCCUCUAUAGCUUCGGGUUCAUCUAUGAGCUGAUUCUCGUUUACGAUGCGCUACGUCUUAAGAACACUAUUCAGGUUAUUGGACUGUGUAUGUGCAAUAUCGGCUUGUUGAUUUACGGGGCCGUGCAGGUGCAACAAAUCCGCGAUGCUGUACAGAUUCUAUGGGACAAUGGUGCUAUUGCGGAAAAUGUCUGGGGAGAAACGGAGCCAUUCCUUAUCAUCAUCCCAUGCGUUGUGGCUAUGGGCUCAAUCUUGAUGAUAAUUGUUGCUUGGAAACUAUACGACGAGUUCGCGUGGUCGAUCUACAAACAUAUCAGCGCCGAUCUGCGAAUGAAGCGCCGGUAUCUGACUUAUCAGAUCUAUAUUUCCCUUCUGAAAUUCGACUUCUUCUUCUUCCUGGGUUUCACCGUUCAAUUCGUCGUUAUCGUCACAAAUAGAAGCGACAUUGAAUUCGCCCUUACCCUAGCUGCCAUUCCCGUGACGAUCAUAAUUCUUAUCUGCGCGGCCUUUUUCGUGCGGCGGGAAAGCUCGAUUGGCAUGAUUGUCGUCAUUCUCCUUUACUUCGCAGCCAUGGCGUAUUUCUUGUUCAAGCUAGUCCGGAUGUACCAGCCUGGUACCUAUGACCUAUACCUGACUGCUCGUCGCUCUUUGACAUUCUUCGCCGUCAUUACCCUUGUGCUCAUCGUCAUCACCAUUAUCAACGCCUGUGUGUGUAUGCACAACUUCCACAAGGGCCUGAAGCAACAUGUACACAAGAAGAAGACGCAGAACAAAGAGGGCAAAACGACGGAGCUGUCCUCCAAUAUCUCUUCUGGCCAGGUGCCUACUCGAAUGAUGAUCGAUUGA